AUGGAGCACAGGGGAAAACUUCCUAUUUUGUCCAUUGACAUCCUUCCUGAUGGAUCCAGGUUUGCAACAGGAGGACAAGGUGGAGAUUCUGGAAGAAUUGUUAUUUGGAAUAUGGCUCCAGUUGUUAGUCCAGAAAUUGAAAAUGAUGAAAAUAUACCGAAAAUGUUGUGCCAAAUGGAUAAUCACCUAGCGUGUGUGAAUUGUGUCCGGUGGAGUUUCUCAGGAAAAUUUUUGGCAUCUGGUGGUGAUGACAAGCUUAUAAUGAUAUGGAAAAUUAGUAAAUACACAGGUGCAACAAAUGUUUUUGGAAGUGUUGGGAAAGUAAAUGUCGAGAGUUGGCGUUGCUGCAUGACUUUGCGUGGACAUAAUGGUGAUGUCCUGGAUAUGGCAUGGUCUCCACAUGAUGCGUGGCUUGAGUCUUGUUCUGUUGACAACACAGUGAUUGUGUGGAAUGCUCUUAAGAUGCCAGAAAUGGUAGCAGUACUGAAUGGUCAUUCUGGACUAGUGAAGGGUGUUGCAUGGGAUCCUGUAGGCAAAUAUAUGGCUUCACAAUCUGAUGACAAGACAUUGAGGGUUUGGAGAACAGCAGACUGGAAAGAGGAUUCAGUCAUCACUGAACCAUUUGAAGAGUGUGGAGGUACAACACAUGUCUUGAGGCUCAGCUGGUCACCAGAUGGUCAGUACUUAGUAUCAGCACACGCCAUGAACGGUGGAGGUCCCACUGCUCAAAUUGUUGAACGUGAGGGAUGCCGGAAAGAUAAGGAUUUUGUUGGACACCGAAAGGCUGUCACAUGCGUUCGUUUCAAUUCCAACAUUCUGCAGAAACAAUAUCGUUCUUCAUCGAAGCCUCAGCAGUACUGCUGUUGUGCAAUUGGUUCUCGAGAUCGAUCGUUAUCAGUAUGGCUUACAGCACUCGAACGACCUCUUGUUGUGUUGCACGAGUUGUUUACUAAUUCUGUGCUUGAUCUGUCAUGGAGCUGUACAGGUCUGCAAUUGAUGGCUUGUUCAUGGGAUGGAACUGUUGCUUUUUUAGAGUUCUCAGAAGAUGAACUUGGGAAGCCACUUACAAUGGAAGAGAAGGUGCAUGUGUGGUGGAGACACCAGAGUUGCUUGCUGUCCGGGAGAAGGCAGAAAAAGCUGCAGCAGAGAAAGCGGCAGCAGACGCUGGGCAGACUAACGGAUCACUGGAACGGCCAGCUGCUUCUGUAUCCCAGCCUUCAACACCUCUUAAGGUGUGGAAGUACAACACAUGUCUCAAGGCCCAGCUGGUCACCAUAUGUUCAAUACUUAGUAUCAGCACACGCCAUGAACGGUGGAGGUCCCACUGCUCAAAUUGUUGAACGUGAGGGAUGGCGGAAAGAUAAGGAUUUUGUUGGACACCGAAAGGCUGUCACAUGCGUUACAAUGCUUUAUGAGCGCAUGUAUGGCAAGUCACUAUCAGCUGCCGGUGGUGCAGGUGCAUGUGUGGUGGAGACACCAGAGUUGCUUGCUGUCCGGGAGAAGGCAGAAAAAGCUGCAGCAGAGAAAGCGGCAGCAGACGCUGGGCAGACUAACGGAUCACUGGAACGGCCAGCUGCUUCUGUAUCCCAGCCUUCAACACCUCUUAAGGGCCCCAUCAAUAAACAGAUAGAGACUCGUACUUCAGAUGGAAAGAGAAGAAUAACACCUAUGUACGUACCUCCUGCACCAGAUGCUGGGGAUGUGCCUCGCCCUUUUGGGUUGGCAAUUACUGGUAGUGCACACCAGCCAACAUUUAGCAGUGCCUCUGAGACCAAAAGUCGUAUUAUGAUUGAAAAACGGGAUGAUGUGGUGCGGCCAAAUGUUAGUAGCAGUGGAGGAACUCCUGGUUCUAGCAAAUCUUGUGAUGGCACACCAAGCCCUGCUGGAAGUAAACCUGUCAAAGGUGUUCAGGCAGAUAAUAGCCUAGCUGGAACCCAAGUAGUUAUCGGAGUAACUGACAACAAGCAUCGCUCAACAAGCAAUGCAGAAAUGAAACUGCAGCUGCAGAAAGUAGAACGCAGUGCACCAGUUGCAGCAAAGAGACGGCUGGAUAGGGAGCCAUUGGGAGGGAAGGGGAAGCGGAUGCGUCUGUUACCACCAGCUGAUAGCAAACCAGCACCACAACCAGUGCCACCUCCUGCCCCUGCAGCCUCUGAGCAUCCGGCUCUUUCUCUGCCUGUUCUUCGGCUAUCAAAGUCGGCAUCUGUACCAAUGUUGGGAGGGCGUAAACGAUUAGAAGUAUCGAAUGGUGCUCUCAACACUCCACAUGGUCCACUGACACGGGUCUGUGUGUGCAGUGUAGCAGACACUGAACAGCCACCAGACUGGGAGGCUGUGUUGGGUUUUCCGGCAGCUGGAGUAGCUGCCAAUAACCAAGUUAUUGCUAUUGUGUGCCAAGAUGCUAUGCUCCAUUUGCUUGAUUUGAUAACAGGAAGACAACCUUUCCCACCUCUCAUGCUGUCAGCGGCUCCAUCCUGUUUGGUGCUUUCAGGGCUUCAGCAUGUUAUGGUUAUCACAAGCAAUGGCUGCAUUAGUGUAUGGGACUUUGAGAAAAGCCGUUGCCUCAUCAAGAAUGAAUCGCUGAUGCCUAUUAUGCGUUCUGAACCAGGCUCUGUUGUCACAAUUUUGAGUUGUACAGUAACAGAGAAAGGCUGCCCUAUAAUAUCACUAUCAACAGGAAAAGCAUUCAUGUUCUCCAGUGAUCUAAGUUGCUGGUUAUUAAUGGGUGACAGCUUAGAUGCAGUCCAGCACUCUUGUGCUCAGCGUACAUUCACUCAGCUGCUGCCACAAGAAAACAAAUUGCUUCCACUUGCUUCUUUGCAGUCUCACAUUAAAGGGAUUUCGUCUACAGCAAGUCGCCUUCUUAAUGGAGCAAAUGGUGUGCCUCUAUGCACAAUAACCUUUCUGGAACAACAACUUUCAGCAUGUGUUGCACUCAAUUCAACGGAGUACCACAGUUGGUUGAUGUGUCUUGCCAGGUUUCUCAUUCAAGAAGGUCUGGUGUCCAAAUUACGGCUAAUCUGUAAUGUUCUGCUGGGUCCCACACACAGCCAUUCAAAUCAAAGCAAAUCUUGGGAAAACACAAUUAUGGGGUUUUCAAAGCACGUUUUUCUGAUGGGCAUGAAUCUCAGAUUGCAGAGACUUCUUGUUGAAUAUAGUGACCAGCUCACACAAUUAGAACAAUCUGCUCAGUUAUUUAAUGGAAUGGAAAAGCAGUGA